AUGCAGAAUAACAGAAAUACAUUGAUUAAAUUACCUGAAUAUUUUUGCUUUUCUUUUUUGACAUUUUGUAUUGCAAGAUUCCAGCAAUAUGUUUUCCUCCCCUCUAAUCAUUUUAUUUUAACAUUGAAUAGAUUUUUUGCCAUCUUCACAUUUUUUAGUGGCCCUUUCUUAUUACCAUUUUUAACAUUUUCUUUGUUGUCUGUCUUGCUCACAAAUUUGUUGUUAGUUCUCUUCUUAGUGGCCUUUGAUUUGUUGAGAACACUUUUGUCAACAAUAAUUGCAGACUUCUUCUUAAUUCCUUUAAUUUUUUCAGUUCCAUUCCUAGAAUCAACUCUAACAUCAACAUCUUCAACCUUAACACCCUUCAUAACAAAGUUCAUGUUGUUCAAAGUUGGGACAUCUAAGUUGAGAGUUUUCAAACCUUCUGCGAACCUAACAAAUUUCUUAUCAAAUGCAUUACCUUUUUUGCCUUUGUUAGCAAAUUUUUUUUACAGAACAUUCUUCAACCUCAUUAACAAGUCCCUCAAUUACAUCCAUGGCGGCUUCCCCAUUGAAAUAAAAUUGCUAAGUUCAUUAGAACAUGAUGCAUGCUACCACAAAUAA